UGUGCCAGCUGUAUCCCUAGCAUUCGCCAUUCAUAACAUUAUACUACGUUCCGUGCAGCCUCAUCCGUGGGAAGAAUGAAGCUAAAAGAGAUUGAUCGCACUGCAAUGCAGACCUGGAGCCCCUCUCAACAACAUCCUAUAUAUCUCGCAACAGGUACUUCUGCUCAGCAGUUAGAUGCCACUUUCAGCACAAAUGCCUCCUUGGAGAUCUUUGAACUAGAUUUGGAUGACCGUUCACUGGACAUGAAAGCAUGUGCUACAUUUGCAUCUUCUCACAGGUAUCAUAAGCUAAUAUGGGGACCGCAGAGCGUGAAAUCAGAUUGCAGUAUUUCAGGAAUUAUUAUCGCUGGAGGAGAAAAUGGAAAUGUAAUUCUUUACGACCCAGCUCAAAUUAUGGCUGGUGAUAAUGAUGUGGUGAUUGCACAGCAAGAUAAACAUACGGGACCGGUCAGAGCUUUGGAUGUAAACCCGUUUCAGACAAACCUUGUAGCAUCCGGUGCCAAUGAGUCUGAAAUCUACAUUUGGGAUUUGAAUAACUUUGCUGUUCCUAUGACGCCAGGAGCUAAAAGUCAGCCUUUAGAAGACAUAAGUUGUAUCUCCUGGAACAGACAAGUCCAGCAUAUUCUAGCUUCUACAAGCCCCAGUGGUCGGGCCACUGUUUGGGAUCUCCGGAAAAAUGAACCGAUCUUGAAAGUCAGCGACCACAGCAACAGGAUGCAUUGUUCUGGUAUGGCAUGGCACCCUGAUGUUGCUACCCAAAUGAUUUUAUCAUCGGAGGACGACCGGCUACCUGUCAUUCAAAUGUGGGAUCUCAGAUUUGCUUCUUCUCCUUUUAGGGUGAUGGAAAAUCAUACAAGGGGUAUUUUGGCAAUUGCUUGGAGUAUGGCAGACCCAGAACUCUUGCUGAGCAGCGGAAAGGAUUCAAAAAUACUUUGCUCAAAUCCUAACACUGGAGAGAUUUUAUAUGAGCUGCCAACAAACACUCAGUGGUGUUUUGAUAUCCAGUGGUGUCCCCGUAACCCAGCUGUGCUCUCUGCUGCUUCUUUUGAUGGUCGUAUUGGUAUAUACUCCAUUAUGGGUGGAGGCAAUGACAAUCUAAGUCAGAAGCAGGCGGAUAAGCUUUCUUCAUCUUUUGGAAACAUGGAUCCGUUUGGCACUGGACAGCCUCUUCCUCCUCUGCAGCUCCCUCAACAGACCACUCAGCAGAGUACUGUGUUUCCUUUAAAGAAACCUCCUAAGUGGCUGCGCCGGCCCGUCGGGGCUUCAUUUUCUUUUGGAGGCAAACUGGUCACAUUUGAGGCAGAGAAAAGUCAGGCAACACAACAACAACCACAAGCCCAGCACUUUCAUGUGUAUGUCAGUCAAGUGGUUUCAGAACAGGAGUUCCUGAGCCGCUCUAACAAGUUACAGGAUGUGGUCAGCACUGGCACUUUUCUGGAGUACUGCCAGAAGAAGAUUGAUGAAGCCAAAAAUGACUUUGAAAAAAAUGUGUGGUCCUUCUUAAAGGUGAACUUUGAGGAUGACUCACGUGGCAAGUACUUGGAGCUUUUGGGAUUCAGAAAGGAAGAUCUUGGAGCAAAGAUUGCUUCAGUUCUAAGCCACACUGAUGGAGCGCAAGAGGCUGAGAAAGACUCUGACCAGGCUGUAGAGAGUGAUGAGGAAGGAAGUGAACCUACUGAAGAGCUGAGCUUGGGGGAGAAUGUCAGUGUGAGUAAAUCGGAUAUUGGAGACACCAUUCCCUCUGGUGAGACCUUCAGUAUAUCAGUCAGCGGAGAUGUGGAUGGACUCAUCACUCAAGCUUUGUUAACUGGUAACUUUGAGAGUGCCGUCGAUCUCUGCUUGCACGAUAACCGUAUGGCAGAUGCUAUAAUACUAGCUAUUGCUGGUGGCCCGGACCUGCUAGCUAGAACACAAAAGAAAUACUUUGCGAGGACACAAAGCAAAAUAACAAGGCUGAUAACUGCUGUAGUGACUAAGAACUGGAGUGAUAUCGUGCAGUCAUGUGAUCUCAAAAAUUGGAGAGAGGCUUUGGCUGCAGUGCUGACCUAUGCAAGACCUGAAGAAUUUGCCUCUUUAUGCGAUCUUUUGGGCUCCCGCCUUGAGAAAGAGGGUGAUGUUUCUCUCCAGGCACAAGCUUGUCUGUGCUACAUAUGUGCUGGAAAUGUAGAAAAAUUGGUCGCCUGCUGGACCAGAGCCCAAGAUGGCGCCAGUCCUCUUUCACUGCAGGAUCUUAUAGAAAAAGUGGUUAUCCUACGCAAAGCAGUGCAGAUCAUGCAGUCUGCCGACACCCAAGAUGUUGGAGUUUUGCUGGCUGAGAAGAUGAGUCAGUAUGCCAACCUGCUGGCGGCUCAAGGCAGCCUUGCUGCUGCUAUGGCAUUUUUACCCAACAACACAAACCAGCUGAAUAUUGUGCAGUUGCGGGACAGACUGUCACGAGCGCAAGGAGAAGGUGGCCCGUCCACUGCUGGGAAUGUUACAUCUCAUGGAGGACCAGCUACAUUACCACAUCGCCUGACAACACAUGCAAAACCUGCAGCUGACAACCAGUACUACCCUCAGGCUAGAAUUGCCCCUACUGUCACUUCCUGGAGUAACAAAAACCCUACUGCCCUUACCAGCUUUCCACCUGCUGCCUUCUCCUCCUUUGACACACAGAGAGAAAGUGCUCCACAGGUUGGCUUUAAUCUGCAAGGGAUGAUGUAUCCAUCUCAACCAGGACCUGCAGGACCCCCUCCCGAUUCCAACACCAACCCUUACAACAUGAGCUCCCAAAUGGGACCACGACAACCGUAUCCACAAACCUAUCCUCAGCCACAACACUAUUCAUUUAAUCGUGGGGGACAAGCUGUCUAUCAGCCCCAGCAACCUGCCUCAAUCCAGUCUGCUUCUCCUUACCAUAGUUCUCCUUACAGCUCAUCUUCUCACUCUGCUCCUCAGCCCCCCUAUCCUGUGCAGCAUCAGCCUUCUCAAGUGUCAUCUUCUUCUCCCUCUUUUCAUACUUCUGGAGCAUCCUUCCAGCAUGGCGGACCUGGGGCUCCAGCUAUCAAUGCACCUUAUGCAAUGCCUCCUCCUGGACCUACAGGUACUCUGCCUGCCGCCAGUGAACUGCCUGCAUCCCAGAGAACAGAAUAUACCGUUACUCAAGAUAUGGCAAUGUACCCUCCAGGGCCCCUAAAUGGAUGGAACGAUCCCCCUGCACUGACCAAAACUGGAAAGAAAAAGGUUCUGGAAAACUACAUACCACCUCCACCAAUAAUAGCUCCCAUAAUGACCCCCUUAACAGACCCACGAUCCCAGCAGCAAGUUCCGGUUCCUGAUACUUCAGUCCCUUAUCAGCCCUCUCAGAUGCCUCGUGGCCAACCAGGAGUACAAAAUACUUUCCCCGUGCCACCUCCCACUGGACAAGCUGGGGCGCACUUUGACCCCUCAAAACCUAGUGCUGAGGGUGCUCCUGGUGCACCAAUUGGGAACACCAUACAGACAAUGCACGCCCUCCCCACUGAAAAGAUCACCAAGAACCCAAUCCCUGAAGAACACCUUAUUUUAAAGACCACAUUUGAGACUCUGAUCCAAAGAUGUUUGUCUUCUGCCAUCGACCCACAAACUAAAAGGAAGUUGGAUGAUGCAAAUAAGAGGCUGGAAUCUCUAUAUGACAAGCUCAGAGAACAAACCCUAUCCCCUGCAAUAAUUGCAGGUUUGCACAGUAUUGCCAGAAGUAUUGAGUCCCGCAACUACACGGAGGGGCUCAACAUCCAUACCCACAUAGUGGGCACCAGUAAUUUCAGCGAGACGUCUGCCUUUAUGCCAGUACUCAAGGUAGUCCUUACCCAGGCCAAUAAGCUCGGAGUGUGAUUUUUCUCCUCUCAAAAGACUUCAGCGUUUUCUUAAGUCAAACCAAGCUUCUGCACCUUGUAAUAGUUGACGGACCAAGGACUAGCAUGUUUUUAAAAGUGUCAGAACUCAAACCUCAGUGACUCCUGAAGAUUGUCAUUCACCUUUUUAUUAUUUUCUAUGCGAGGAGUUUUUUUGUUUUUUUCACACCGUGAUAUUUCUCCAAGCUUUAUAAUAUUUGAGGGAUUACUCAAAGCAUGACGCUCUAUUCAGAAUUCUAGAAAUGUGCUAUCUAAUAUCUGAGCAGAGCUUUUUUUAAUUUAAUGGUUCACAUUUCAGAAAAAUUUGGUUGCCAAAUGAUGUCAUCUACAAUAAAGUUUGUGAUCC